GAAGCUUCCUUGGCGAAAGCACAGACGUUGUCCGUCGUAGUAGUAGUAGUAGUAGUAGUAGUAGUGGGUCUCCUCUGGGCGGUCAAACAGGUCCCGCAGGUUUUGGAGAGCGGUCGAAGAGGCCUCGCAGGUUUUGGCAGGAGGCAAGCGCGUGCCUCUCUCUGCCUCGGACGGGCGCUCCUUCUUGGGCGGCGCGCACACGGCUCAUCGUCGGGCGCCCCGUCGGAGGCACCUCGUCGUCUAAGCGGCGGGCUCGGGGCGCGCGGAGGAGGAGGAGGAGGAGGAGCGGAGUCCGCGCGCGGGCGAGGCAGCGAAAGCGAAAGGCGGCCGGGCGGGGGCGGGCCUGCUCGGCGUGGCCGCCCCUUAAGGGACGGGGCGAGGCCGGGGAGGAGGAGGAGGAGGAGAGCCCAGGAGGCGCCGCCGCCGCCCUCGCAGAGGAACUUCCGCGCGUCUUCCCGACAAGCAGCAGGCUUGACCGGGAGCUCGCCCCGCGCCGCCCUCGGCCGCCGCCGCCGAGCAGCAUGGACUGGGGCGGGCCGCUGUGGGGCGCCGCGGCGGUGGGGCUGAUGCUGCUGGCGCCGCUGCUGCUGCUGGAGCUGAGCCCCGCGCUCAAGUUCCGCGCCAAGGUGGGCCUCUACUGCGUGCUCUGCCUGCUGGCCUCCGCCCUCACCGCGCCCGUCUGCCUGCUCUGGAACCGCGGCCGGACCGUCCACAACAUGCGGAUCAUCAAGAACGUCGUCAGGAGCUUCAAGUACCUGUAUGGCCUGCGGUUUGAGGUGAAGGGUCUGAAGCACUUUGAGAUAGAGGGCCCGUGCGUCAUCGUCUCCAACCACCAAAGCAUCUUGGACAUGAUGGGGCUGAUGGAAGUCCUCCCGGACCGCUGCGUGCAGAUCGGCAAGCGGGAGCUGCUGUACUUUGGCUCCGUGGGCCUCAUCAUGUACCUCGGCGGCGUCAUCUUCAUCAACCGGAAGAGCACCAGCAACGCCAAGUCCGUCAUGUCCGGGGUGGGCCAAGCCAUGAUGAGUGACAACGUCAAGGUGUGGAUCUACCCGGAGGGCACGAGGAAUGGAAACGGAGACCUCCUGCCCUUCAAAAAGGGGGCUUUCCAUCUGGCUAUCCAGACGCAGGUUCCCGUCAUCCCUGUCGUGUAUUCCUCCUUUUCUUCGUUCUACAACCCAGCAAAGAAUCUCUUUGCGUCAGGCAAAAUCCAGGUGGAGGUUCUGCCCCCCGUCCCGACCACGGGCUUGACAGCUGCCGACGUGGGAGACCUCACCGACCGAUGCUACGCCACCAUGAGGGAAACCUUCUUCAGGCUGUCGGGAAGGACCGGCGAAGUCAACGGGGCACCCCCCACCCUUGCCGAAUGAGGCACGCACCUGGCCGGGGGACCCCUCCUGGUUGCCAAGUGCUUUCCAGUGGCUCCCUUGCGUGGAGCCCACACAGUUUUCCCCACAGUGUUGGGGUCCUUUUUUGAGCCCAGCCCGGGCGCGAUGAUCGCCCUCUCACUUGGCAACAUUCCUCUUCUCUUUCCCCUCAGACCAGCUACCACCAAAGAAGGGAUUGAACUCGCUUUGCCACCGUGACUCUGUUUCUUCUGCUUCGGGAAGGAGCCGCGGUCAGUGGCUGCCAAAAUCUGGACGAACUCUCUUUUCCUGCUCACUUGAAAGGGGUUGAAUCCCAGACGUUUGGUCUCCCCCCAUUAGGAGGUUUUGCUUGCUGCUGCUUUUCGGGGUACUGCACAAAGAGGGGUGCGAACGUCUUGCCUUCUUGUUUCUGCGCUGGGUAGUGGACCACAAAAUAGCCCCCGUGGAAAUCUAGAGGACUGUCCUGUAUUCAAGGAUGGAUCCAGUAGUUUGGGGCAGCUGUUCCCUGGGAGGGGGAGGAAUAGAGUGUGGGAAACCAGUAAUGACUCCUGUUUGUGAUGGGGGACGCUGGUUUCUGUCUAGGGUUGAGGGUGACUUGGGCCCAGGGGUUGGUGGAAGGCGCGCACUUCAAGUGAGGAAGCACUUUCGGAUGGCUUUGUGCAAAGGAUGGUCUCCAGAAACGCUUCCUUGAAGCUUCAUCUUGUGAAAAGGGAGCCGGAUGGUAAAAUGGCCCGAGGGGUGGGUCAUUUCCAUGUUAGCCUGGUUCAGUUCUCUCCUGUUUUCAAAGUGCUGCUGAUAAGUUAUAGGUAGGUCUUUCUGAAAGGGAACCAAGGGAGUGACUGUCUUCAGGGUCCAGGUGGGUGGGAUGAAAUGAAGGGCUGGUUCUGUGAACAAUGUUUUCCAAGCAAAGGUUCACUGUUUCUGUAGGUUUGGUGCCUAGCCGCAAAGGGAAAGCAUGUUUACAGUCCGAGUCCCCUGAGUGACGUGUGUACUUCUGGGGUUGGGGUAGCAGCCAACGCCACGAGGUCUUGAGUUCAGAAGGAUGUUCCCAAACCAUCAGGGCAUGGAUAAAUGUUUGAUUGCACAAACUAGUGUGGAUUAAAUGAAUCUUCCAUUCAAAUGCUCUGACUUGCAGAUCUGUUGAAUGAUGGCUUUCACUUCACUUCCAAGAAUUUAAAUACCAGAGAGGGUACAGCCCUGUAGCUGACUCUUAUCCUCUGGGCAUCAGUGGGCUUAUCCAAAUUCUUCUAGGACUAACCCUUUCAGGGCCCAAUCCUCCUUCCCUGCUUUUGAUUGUGACCUUGUUUGUGAUUUUUUUUUGUUUGGACCUUUUGGGAGGUGACUUCGACCUCAGGUCCCUGCCCCUACCACCACCAAAGAGGGGUUAAAGGGAAAUGCACACUUUCUGUGGCACAUAUAAGAGACUGCAAGUCUGACCCACAUUGGAAAUGUGGAAUAAAUGCAGCUUACAGACAGAA